UCAGGUGGGUGAAGGGAGACUAAAUGACUCCAUGUCAUUAAUACCGCCAUAGAAAUGUCAUAGCCCUACUUGCUGCUUACCUUCACUUUCAAUGAUAGCAGCUGAACUAGGCCUACUGACAUAAUGACAUGAAAGACGUGAUUCAUAGCUCAGAACCCGUUGCCACGGUCUUAUUUUUGCAGUGGUCAUUAUAGCAAAGAUCCUUGAUUACUGACCAAGAUAGAGCAACGGAAUUUGUUCGCUCCGCUUCAACACUGUCUGAUUAUAGGCUACAAAAUUAUUGUUAUAUAGGCCCCAUUCUUACCAUAAAAGGAUAUUGGCAUUUAUAUGCCGAUAAAUAGAUCAGAAUUUUACGUUGGUUGCCUGUGAUUGAUGUAGGCUAUUUAAAUUCACUUCACCAGAGAGAUCUCGUCCGAGUCGCUAUCUUGACAUAGCUUUCCCCCUCGGAGUCCUCAAACUUGGACCCGAAAUCCCCGCCUUCUCUGUUCGCUGAAUGAGGAAGUUUACAUAGAGCCUGGGCGUGUCUGUAGGACUUUGCCAGUUAUCAGACGCGCACUCUUUCAGUAAACAGAAGUCAGAGGUAAACAAUGAAGCGAGUGUAAAGGUCAUAUUGAAGGCUAAACCGAGAGACUUGUCAAAGCGAAGUUAGAAACUGCUAUCCAGACAGACUUUUCACUGGAGAGAAAAUGGCUUCAGCAUUAGAUGACGAUUUAUUCUGUGUUGUGUGCCAUGACGUCUUUAAGAACCCUGUUGUACUUUCAUGCAAUCACAUCUUCUGUAAAGUCUGUCUGCAGAAGUUCUGGAAGAGCAAAAAAUCCAGAGAAUGUCCACUCUGCAGGAGGAGGUCAUCGAGAGAACGCCCUCUUUCAAAUCCGGUCUUCUUAGGGGAGUUCUGCAGUCGUCGGCAUAGUGAGAAACUGAAGUUCUUCUGUGUGGAUGAUAAACAGCCUGUGUGUGUGGUGUGUCGAGACUCAAGAGAACACACCAACCACACGUUCCAGGAAGCAGCUGACCUAAAGGUGGGAAUGAAGAUUAGCAUAGAGUUCUUAAAGAAGAAGCUAAAGAUCUUUGAAGAAGCAAAAACCACCCGAGACCAAACAGCAGAAGACAUUAAGACUCAGGCCCAACACACAGAGAAGCAGAUCCAUGAGGAGUUUGAGAAGCUUCACCAGUUUCUACGAGAUGAAGAGGCAGCCAGGAUAGCUGCACUGCGGGAGGAAGAGGAGUGGAGGGGUCGGGUGAUGAAGGAGGAGAUUGAAAAGAUGAGCAGAGAGAUCUCAUUUCUUUCAGACACAAUCAGAGCCAUAGAGGAGGAGAUGGGAGCUGAUGAUGUCACAUUCUUGCAGAACUACAAGAGCCCAGUGGAAAGAGCCCAGUGCACACUGCAGGAUCCAGAGAGGGUUUCAGGAGUUCUGAUCAAUGUGGCAAAGCACCUGGACAACCUGAAGUUCAGUGUCUGGGAGAAGAUGAGGAAGAUUGUUCAGUGCACUCCUGUGACUCUGGAUCCCCUAAGUGCCCACCCAGAUCUCCUCCUGUCUGAGGAUCUGACUAGUGUGAGAUAUAUGAGUAAGAAUAUAUUUAGGUUUGAUAAGUAUCACAGUGUGGUGGGCUCUGAGGGCUUCAAUACAGGGACUCACUGCUGGGAUGUGGAGGUUGGAGAUUGCCCAAGGUGGACUGUGGGUGUGAUGAUGAGUUUUGCCCAAAAAUGUGGAGACUAUGUCACUUUGAAUGGACGCUUGUACAUGUGGUAAAAGGAUGGCCAUUAUGGAGUAGGACAUUCAGGCACCCAAACGCCCUACACUCUCCUUAAAGUGCAGCAGAAACUCCAGAGGAUCAGAGUGCAGCUGGACUGUGACAGAGAAGAGCUGUCAUUCUAUGACCUUGAUAAUAACACACACCUACACACUCUCUCUAGACUCUGCGCACCUACACACCAUUUUUCCAGAUACCACGAGAAAGCGUUUCCAUACUUUAAUCUGGGCUGUGUUAACUCCUCUCUGAGGAUCCUACCAGUGAGUCCUCAGCACUGAUGGAGCUGAUGGUGUCUCUGACUGGACUCUCAUAAGGCCAGUAGGUGUGAUGAUGAGAGGGGAGGUCAGAUAGGACAAGAGGUCAGGAGGUCACAUAGGUCAGGAGGUCACAUAGGACAGGAGGGGGUCAGGAGGUCAGAUAGGGCCAGGUGAUGAAUAUUGUGGAUGUGUCUUGUUGAACUGUCUGGAAUGAGUGAUAUGGGCCUUUGUUGUAGUGGUGAACAGGGUUUAGUUAUAUUAGAUUAUGAGUGAAUAGUAGGUUAGAGUUCUCAACGGGCCUGAAAAUUACAACCCGACCCGACCCGGCCCGUGGCUUUUAAAGCCCGGACCCGAUGUAACCCAACACAUCAACAUGAAUUAUCUGCCCCAACCCGGCCCACGGCCCGACCUAAAACAUACGUUUUGACUGUUAAACCCUGACUUUAUUUACGUGAAGAUUCAACACAUUAGCGUGACAAUUUACUUA